AUGGAUUGCCAGAAGACUGCCAACGUAGUCCCUCUGGAUUGGCAUCACAAUCGUAUGUCCUCGCCCCCGACCCAAGUCCUGCGAAUACGCGUACAAAUGCAGCAUAGUCAUCUACACAAGCAGGUACAGUCAAAUCUCCGCCAGUCGCCACCAUCCUAUAAAUGCGGAUCCGAAGCAACCGUUCAAUCUUCUUCAGCCCUCCCGACUGCACAGCAUCACCCUCAACAACUAAUGAACGUCUUUAUGAUGGGCCUGUCGUCCGCACUUACUCUGGAUCCAGCGAUUCAAGAUCCUAGGAUUAACACUAGCAGCACCAAAACCUUAUUUAUCAAGGAUUCUGGUGAUCGACUGCACCUUCAUUCGAGAUGUGAGUCCGACUCAUUACCGCGCCAGGGGACACCCAGGAUCGGAGGCGCCGCUGGCACUCCUGUCCGCGAUCCCGUUUCCGGUAAGGGACACGGACGCGUUAUGUGGAUUAUCCUAGGCCAGGACCAUGGCACGAUCGUCAUUAGCACCGUCGUUCAAGGAUCAGGAGACACAUUGCUGCCCUCCUAUUUGAACGGCUACAAUAUACAGCUGGCAAUGUCUGACCUGCGAACCCUUUGCUCAGUCGGUAAUGUCCCCGUUUAUGUACUAUAUGAUGCGUUAGGCCAGAUGUCUGGAUAA